AUGCUGCUCUCCUGUCCCUGCACUCUGGCGGUCCAGGAAGAGUUUGAUGCCCUUGGCCGACAGGUGCCCAUUCCUGCGGGCAUCUAUAACCUGGAUGACCUGAAGGCCUUCGGGCGCAGGAAGGGCUGGUGCCCCUACUACCUGGCCCGAUACUCGAUUCUCCAUGCCAACAUCGUGGUGUACAGUUAUCACUACCUGCUGGACCCAAAGAUUGCCGACCUGGUGUCCAAAGAGCUGGCCAAGAAGUCCGUUGUGGUCUUCGAUGAGGCGCACAACAUCGACAACGUGUGCAUCGACUCCAUGAGCGUGAACAUCAACCGGAGAAUUCUGGACCGCAGCCAGGCCAACGUGGAGACGCUGCAGAGCACCAUUCACAAGAUAAAGGAGACCGAUGCUGCCAAGCUCAAGGAAGAGUACAGGCGAUUGGUGGAGGGGCUGAAAGAGGCCAACGUUGCCCGGGAAACAGAUGUCUACCUAGCCAAUCCUGUGCUGCCUGAUGAGAUCCUCCAAGAGGCCAUCCCUGGUAGUAUCCGGACGGCCGAGCACUUCGUGGGCUUUCUGAAGCGGUUCCUGGAAUACCUCAAGUCCCGCCUGCGCAUCCAGCACAUGGUGCAGGAGAGCCCCCCGCAGUUCCUGAAGGACAUCUUCGACAAGGUCUGCAUCGACCGCAAGCCCCUCAGGUUCUGUGCAGAGCGCCUGCGCUCUCUGCUGCGGACGCUGGAGAUCGCCGACAUCGCCGACUUCUCUGCCAUCACUCUCAUCUCCCACUUCGCCACGCUGGUCAGCACGUACAGCAAAGGCUUCACCAUCAUCAUUGAGCCCUUUGAAGACAGAACUCCCACGAUUGCCAACCCUGUGCUGCACUUCAGCUGUAUGGACUCCUCCAUCGCCAUCAAGCCCGUGUUUGAGCGCUUCCAGUCCGUCGUUAUCACAUCUGGGACUCUCUCUCCUCUGGACAUCUACCCCCGAAUCUUGGAUUUUCGGCCAGUCACCAUGGCUUCCUUCACGAUGACACUGGCUCGCACAUGCCUGUGCCCCCUGAUUGUGGGCCGAGGGAAUGACCAGGUGGCUAUCAGCUCCAAAUUUGAGACGCGGGAGGAUUUUGCCGUCAUCCGGAACUACGGCAACCUGCUGCUGGAGAUGUCGGCCAUCGUGCCAGACGGCAUCGUGGCGUUCUUUACCAGCUACCAGUACAUGGAGAACAUCGUUGCGUCCUGGUACGAGCAGGGGAUCCUGGAGAACGUGCAGAGGAACAAGCUGAUCUUCAUCGAGACUCAGGACGCGGCUGAGACGAGCAUGGCGCUGGAGAAGUACCAGGAGGCGUGUGAAAAUGGGCGGGGAGCCAUCCUGCUGUCCGUGGCCAGGGGGAAGGUGUCGGAAGGCAUUGACUUUGUGCAUCACUACGGCCGCGCCGUGAUCAUGUUCGGCGUUCCCUACGUCUACACGCAGAGCCGCAUCCUCAAGGCGCGGUUGGAGUACCUGCGCGACCAGUUCCAGAUCCGAGAGAACGACUUCCUGACGUUUGACGCCAUGCGGCACGCGGCGCAGUGCGUGGGCAGGGCCAUCCGGGGCAAGACGGACUACGGGCUCAUGAUCUUCGCGGACAAGCGCUACGCUCGCGCGGACAAGCGGGGGAAGCUCCCGCGCUGGAUCCAGGAGCACAUCCUGGACAGCAGCCUCAACCUGACCAUCGACGAGACCGUGCAGCUGUCCAAGCACUUCCUGCGGGACAUGGCGCAGCCCUUCCGGAAGGAGGACCAGCUGGGCCUGUCGCUGCUCACGCUGGACCAGCUGCAGUCGGAGGAGAUGCUGAAGAAGAUCGCUCAGAUCGCGCACCAGGUGUGACACCCCACCUUCUCGCUCCUGGGCGGAGGCAGGAGCCCGGGGAGCAGGAGAGAAGAGGCCCCAGCAGGAGUGACAGGAGAGGCUUGUUUUGGCAGGCCUGGACACUGACGGCACAGCCUGUAGAUCACAGAAUGUGCUUGUGGAAAUGGGCAACCAUGUUGGACUGGCGGCUUUCAUUCCUGCUGCAACCUUUACAGGUGCUUUCAGACGCUGAGCAGCGUCUGGCCAGGGCGACGGUGUUUCUCCUGCUUGGCCCUGGGUCAGAGCAACAGUGUCUCCAAAGCAGCAGGGAUCUGUGUGCCAUUUUGAUGACCUUUUUCACAAAGACUUCCCGGGUCACCUGACAGUACUUAAAAACUUAAAAAACAGAACUUUAACCUCUAUGGGAGACGCCAUGGAGAUGUUCCCUCACGCUUCGUUUUCAGCAUUCCCGAUUUCUCUAAACAGUCUUCCAGAGAGCUGGAGCCGGGCGUCGGCAGGAGAGGUGUGAGGGUGCGUUCUGCAGGACCGAACCUAAAUUUGUGUGGACGGGCUGGCGAAGACGGGGGUCGCAGGAACCCCCUCACUGCAGGAGAAGUUUUUUUUUACUGUGAUUUUCUUCUACCCUUAGGCUGGUGUAAUCGCCUGGCCCACCUUGUAUCAUUGUACGGACGUGGGCCAUAAUGUCAAAUAUCAGAAAAGCACAAUAAAAGCACCUUUGCUGCCUGUCACUGGUGCAGGAGCACUAGGCUGCUGAUCUUUCAGCUUGGAUAAAUAGCUCAGGUUAGGUUAAGGCUUAGGGUGUCUCUACAGGUCAUCUUUGUAUUGUAAUUUUAUUUUUACGUUCAGUACAUUUAAAACAAUAAAACAGGGCUGUGCUCAUGCCUUUGGGUAAAAUUGGUCCUUCAGAAGACUAUCCUUUUAGUUCUUCCCAGAGCCAGUUUCUCCAGUCUCCAGUUUCUGCCUGGUAUGAUGUCUCCUUUACCAUUCUGUAAUACUUUUGCAAGUAUAGGUGGUAGAGGCCUAGUUCAGGGCUUAAAGUGAAGCCUCUCAACGCUUAAUGCCCUUGCAUUUCAUGGGUAAAUCGCAAAUUAAAAGCAGAAAAUACGAAGGGUCAUUAAUCCCAGUGUUUAUAACGUUUUGUGUUUUAGGCGGGCAGGAGUUUGGGCAAUGGUAGCAAAAAAAAAAAGAAAUGCGGCCGUGGUGGUUGGCUUUUUAUUAAAAAAUGAUAGGCGAGCUCUGCGCACAGUUGUGUUCAAUUGGCGCUUCGCUUUCAACAGCCUUUCCUCUACCGGUUCCGGUCCGGCGGGCUCGGUUCGCACGAUCCCGGAGCUGCUCAGUAGAACAGGGGGUGAGUCGCUGUCUUGAGAGAAGCAGUUUCACAGUAUUACUUGGUGUGGCGUCUGUAAAGACCGGGCUGAAGCGAGUUCAACCGCGGGCGGACUUCUCUCCGUACGGUCCCGGUGCUUCAUCAACGUGUCUCACCGGCGAUAACGAAUCCCGUCCGUACGACAAAAUACAACGGAAUCUCGUCGAAAUAGCAUUUGGUAAUCGUUCCUAAUUGGAGUCGGUGUAAAGAAAGUGCUGCCUCAUGGUUUGGGUUUAUCAUGGUUAACGAUGGCGGGACAUUUAUGCAGGGCAAUGUUGCUGAAUGGAAAUGAAUAAGACGAAUUAAAAAAAACUUCCAAAUGCAAUAUUGUUACAGCAGGGCCACUGCUCCCUCUAGCGUAGCAGCAACAGCGACAACACGGCUUCCGCACUUUCCUCAGACUUACACUUGGUCAUUACAAUACAGGAAAAAGAAAAGACUGCCCUUACAUAAUGACAACGGAAAACAUUCAUUCAGACAUAUUUGUGAUGUAUGGAUCGACUUCGCUAAAUUUGUAAUUGCUUGGUACUAAGCGGUAUUAAAGAGUUUAAAACGUCAA